AGGGGCGGCGCCGGGGGCUCGGCCCUUGGGGGCCCGGGAGCGGCUGACCAUGGAGCCCCAGAAAAUCACACCAUCCUCAAAGCCUCAUCCACCUGUUGUGGGCAGAGUGACUCAUCACAGCAUUGAAUUAUACUGGGAUCUGGAAAAGAGAGCAAAACGGCAGGGACCUCAAGAGCAAUGGUUCAGGUUCUCGAUCGAGGAAGAAGACCCCAAAACGCACGCUUACGGUAUCAUUUAUACGGGAUAUGCGACAAAGCAUGUUGUGGAGGGUCUGGAACCACGCACGCUGUACAGAUUUCGGCUGAAGGUCACCAGCCCCUCUGGAGAAUAUGAGUACAGCCCGGUGGUCUCGGUAUCUACGACCAGAGAACCCAUAAGUAAUGAGCACUUUCACCGAGCUGUCAGUGUGAAUGAUGAAGAUUUGCUGGUUCGAAUACUUCAAGGAGGAAACAUUAAGGUGGAUGUUCCCAAUAAGUUUGGCUUUACCGCCCUGAUGGUCGCUGCCCAGAAAGGAUAUACCAGGCUUGUGAAAAUCCUCGUUUCUAAUGGCACGGAUGUGAAUCUGAAGAACGGGAGUGGCAAGGACAGUCUGAUGCUUGCGUGCUAUGCGGGACACCUGGAUGUGGUGAAAUAUCUCCGGAGACACGGUGCUUCUUGGGAGACCAGAGACCUAGGAGGCUGUACGGCUCUGCACUGGGCCGCGGAUGGAGGCCACUGCAACGUGAUCGAGUGGAUGAUAAAAGAUGGCUGUGAGGUAGACGCUGCGGACACGGGCUCGGGAUGGACCCCGCUCAUGAGGGUGUCUGCGGUCUCAGGAAACCAGAGGGUAGCCUCUCUGCUGAUCGAAGCGGGAGCGGAAGUGAACAUGAAGGAUAAAGACGGAAAGACCCCUCUAAUGGUGGCCGUGUUGAAUAAUCACGAGGAGUUAGUCCAGUUACUUCUUGACAAAGGGGCAGACGCAAGUGUAAAAAAUGAGUUCGGCAAAGGUGUCCUAGAAAUGGCCAGAGUUUUUGACAGACAGAACGUGGUCUCCUUAUUAGAAGAAAGGAAAAGAAAACAAAUGGCGAAGAAGCCCUCUGUCUGCUGAGCCGGGCCCCACGUAGCCCGACAGCCCCGGGGAAACAACGUCCCACGUUUGACUAUUUGAUUUUAUUUCUUCGAUUGGUUUGAUUUUUUUUAUUUGAUUAUUUAUUUUCGUGGAAGGUUCACCGUGACUUUUGUAACGUACAACUGUUUCCCACUUUGAAAUACAUCUUUUUACCUACGCA